UGGAAAUGGAGGGCAAAGGUCCUGCUUCCUUCAUUUUCAUGUCAUGCUAUCAAGCAUGACGCAUGCAAUGAUCAUUAUUCCGAAUUUCCAUCAAAAGUUAAAUACUAGGUCCAAGUUCCAACUUCCUCUCUGUCAUAAAAACAAACACCUUAAACACAAUUACCUAAACACACCUUCCUUCUCUCUUCUUCUUCAUUCAAUCUUUGAUCUUCAUCAUCAUCAAUGGCAGACGAACUCAUUCUCUUGGGCACCUGGAUUAGCCCUUACUCAACGAGGGUGAAAAUUGCCUUGGCAGAGAAAGGGGUAGACUAUGAAUUCAGGGAAGAGGACCUGAGCAACAAGAGUCCACUGCUCUUGAAGAUGAGCCCUGUCCACAAGAAAAUCCCAGUGCUGAUCCACAACGGCAAACCGGUGUGCGAGUCACUCAUAAUUGUGCAGUACAUCGAUGAAGUCUGGAAUCACAAAUCUCCGUUGUUGCCUUCCGAUCCUCACUACCGAUCCCAUGCCAGGUUCUGGGCCGAUUAUAUUGCCAAAGACAACAAGAUGCAUAGUGCUGGGAGCCAGCUAUUGUUUUCCACAGGCGAAGCCCAAGAAACGGCGAAGAACGACCUCAUAGGGUACUUGAAGGUGUUGGAAGGAGAACUUGGAGACAAGCCUUACUUUGGGGGGGAGACCUUUGGCUUUGUUGAUGUGGCAUUGAUUCCAUCCUAUAACUUUUUCUGUGUGUGUGACCAGUUUGGCAACUUUGGCAUUAUGGUAGAGUGCCCUUCCCUUGUUGUUUGGGCUCAUAGGUGUAUGGAAAAGGAGAGUGUGUCCAAGUCACUUCCUGACCAGCACAAGGCCUAUGACUUCUGCUUGGAGCUCAAAAAGAAAUUUGAGGCUAAGUAAAUCUUUAGAAGAAUGUUUGAUUGUGGUCUUAUGACGCGUUUGGUUGGGAGAUUUAGGGAGGAAUUUGGAAAGGGAAAUGGAAAAGAUAGGUGAAAUGUGAAUAAAAUAUGUGUAUAUUUCACAUAGUUUCACACACCUUUUCCUUUUCCCUUUCCCUUUCCAAAUCCCUCCCCAAAUCCCCCCAACUAAAUACACCAUCACAGUUUCCUUUUGUCUCUAUUGAGACCCCCUUUAUUUUUCUGUUUUCAUUUUUUCUUUGUACCUUUCAAUCUCUAGAUGUUGUGUUUGCUUAAAGGAAUGUUCUGUUUAUGUUAUACUUGAAUAAAGAAAGACACUUUUUGUUGUUUUAA